UCGAUUUGCCAGACAAACGCAAAGCGAUGCGUAUUGUGAAUUUUGUCAUUCUUAGCGUUUGGGAAACUUUUCCCUUUUUUGCAUCACAUUCUAAAGUUCAAAACGCUGUGGAGUGAAGCUAUUUAAAAGAUUGUGUUGUUGCUAUAAGGUUAUUUAAUCGGAAUCAUUGAAAAUGUCUCGCUUUUUCGCCUCGAAAGAUUCCGAGUCGGAGACCGAAUCGGAGAGCUCUGAGGACGGACCAAAAGUCGCCUCCAAGUUCCAGGCGUAUAAUCUGAGUGAUGAAGAGGAGGAAUCCAAGCGGACUCUCCGUAGCGCCAAGGAUAAACGUUUCGAAGAAAUCCAGGCCGUUAUUAAAGGCCUCAGAAAUUCGAAGAAGAUCAAAGAUGUUAACAAAGUUCUGGAAGAGUUCGACCAGUUGACGAAGGUGUUUUCCAAAUCUCAGAAGGUGAUUGAGAAGGAAGGUGUCCCGGUAUUCUAUAUUCGAUGCCUCGUGGAGAUGGAGGAUUUUGUUAAUCAAUGUUGGACGGAUAAGAAUACUUUGAAUAAAUUGAAUUUGAAAAGUUUGGGAAGUCUCAGAUCCAAGCUGCGAAAGUACAUCAAAGACUACGAGGAUCAGAUGAACAAAUUUAGAGAGAAUCCCAUCGCAUCCGAAGAGGAAGCAGUAGACGAAGCCGAAGAUGAAGACGAGGAAGAAGAAAAGUCCGAAUCGGAAGAUGAAUCCGGUGAUGAAGAUCUGAAAAAGAAGCCCGUUGCUGGAAAGAAGCCAGCGCGAACCGCGGAUGAGUCUGGCGAAGACAGCGACUCAGACAUGUGGGCCUCCGACACCGAUGAAUCGUCGGACGAAAGCUCGGAUGAUGAGCGAUACAAGGACGACCCAGCAGCCAAAUUCAGGAAGAAAGUGACCGAUAAAGAUGAUGAGAAAAAGAAAGACAAGAAAGAUCGGGAGAAAAAGACUCGUCCCAAGCGAGAGAAAGUGAAGGUUGUCGGCGAGGAUGGCUUUACAAUGAUUGUUGACAAGCCAAAACUCUUCAGCAAAGAAACCGAAAUCACUCAUGCCGUGGUUCUUAAGAAACUGAGUGAAAUCAUUGCCCAGCGCGGCAAGAAAGCCACCGAUCGGCAGGAGCAGAUUGAGUUGAUCGAAGAGCUGCGAGUGGUCGCCCGCCGUUCCGCACUGGGACCGGCUAUCGAAGUGAAGCUGAUUAUGAGUCUGGUCUCCUCGAUUUUCGACUACAAUCCCAAUGUGGCGUCCUUCAUGAAGCCGGACAUGUGGCGGCGUCUGCUGGAAGCCAUUGCCGACAUGGUGAAAUUCCUGCGCGAUCACCCGGAAGUGGAUGUGGGCGAUCAUAUCCCGGAAGAUCAGGAGCAGUACGAGGUUAAUGGACAGCCGCUGCAGGUGCACGGGAUGCCGCUGGCCCUCGUGGAACGGAUGGACGAAGAGUUUGUCAAGAUUCUGCAGAAUUGUGAUGCCCACUCGCCCGAAUAUGUGGAGAAUUUAAAAAGUGAAUUGAAAGUCUGCACCAUUAUCGACAGCAUGAUGAAUUAUUUGGAAUCCAAGGAUGCCGCCACAACUGAUCUGUGCCGCAUCUACGAACGACGGAUUGCCCAUACUUACUACAAGAUUGAUUACCGUUUCAUGGAUGCGGAAAAGAAGGGGAAUAAGAUUACGGGGGAAACAUCACUGGAUCUGAUGGAUCGUCUGUGCACCUUCAUCUACAACAACGACGAAACGGAUCGCAUCCGUACCCGGGCUAUUUUAAUGCGUGUGUACCAUUUGGCACUGCAUAAUCGGUGGUACGAUGCUCGUGAUUUGAUGUUGAUGAGCAAAGCGCAAGAGACGAUCCAGCUGGCGGAUCCACCAACGCAAGUGCUGUACAAUCGGGCGAUGGUGCAGCUGGGUAUCAGCGCUUUCCGUCAAGGAAAUGUCAAUGAAGCGCAUAACGCUCUUAUGGACAUUCAAAGCAGCGGUCGUCCCAAAGAGUUAUUGGCUCAAGGAUUGCUACCGGUGCGGCAGCACGAGCGCAGCGCGGAACAGGAGAAGAUUGAAAAGCGCCGCCAGAUUCCCUUCCAUAUGCAUAUCAACCUGGACGUCCUGGAGUGCGUCUACUUGGUGUCCGCCAUGUUCAUCGAAGUCCCGUAUUUGGCUGCGCAUGAGAACGACCAGCGUCGCCGCAUCAUCUCCAAAUACUUCUAUCAUUCUAUGAAGCAGAGCGAACGUCACGCCCUCUCCGGUCCCCCGGAAACGCUGCCCGAGUACGUCAUCGCCGCCAGUAAGGCCAUGAAGACCGGCGACUGGAAGAAGUGCCGUGAGCUGAUUCUGUCGGAGAAACUGGGCAAACGCGUCUGGGAUUUCUUUUAUGAGCCGGACAAGAUUAAGGCUAUGUUGGAGAGGAAGAUCCAGGAGAACAGUUUGCGGUGCUUCAUGUAUACCAAUUCCGCGUUCUAUGACUCCAUUUCGGUGAAGACGCUGGAAACCAUGUUUCUGCUGAGCAAGGAGGACAUUCUCAGUUUGAUUGGUAAGAUGGUCGUCAGCGAGAACCUGGCGGCCUCGGUCGAUGCCCCCAGCCAGACUGUGAUCAUGCACCGGACGGAACCCAGUCGGGUACAGCAGUUGUCGCUGCAGUUGGCUGACAAGCUGAUCAACCUGGUGGAGAACAAUGAAAGGAUGCUGGAGAUGAAGAAUCCGACCUUCCAGCGCCAGGGCAAGGGAGGCUGGCAGGAUCGCCGACAGUACCGUGAAAACCGAGAACAGCGUGAUCAGCGACAGCGUGAAGCUGCUGAAUACUGAGCUUUUGUAGGGCAGUUUUGUUAAUGUGCUGAUGCUUAUUAAUUUUAUAUUUAUUAAUAACUGUUUUUCAUGAUAUCUGUAGGUUUCCAGUUUUUCGCGUUCAUUGUAGGAGUGGUCUGCUUAACUGAAUAAAUCGUACAAGGGUAUAAAAA